AAAUGAUUAACGAAUUUAUAGUGUUCCAAAACUAUUUACUUAUGAUUGAGGAUAACAUUCGACAAAAAUAUAUCGCAUGAUUUGAAUUUUCGUGGCCAAUUAGAUGAUUACGCAUUGGAAACUUAAAGUAUUGUAUGCAAUUGAAUUUGCGAUGACAUCUGGGAUUAUGGACGGUGUAAUGUUAAUCCGUAAUUAGCUCUAAUUAGCUCGACAAUCGCUAUAUAAGGGCGGAUCAACGAUCUCUAGCCAGGCCAAAAUGUUUCGAGCCCUGGUGAUUCUUGUUGUGGCCCUGGCCAACACUUGGGCAACGGACUACAACGCUCUGAUUGACGAUGAGGGCAUCUUCGUGAAGUGCUCAGAAGCCCCAGCCGGUUCCCUUGGUCCCCGCGAUGGAUUUAACCUCGACAAUAUGGUGAUGAAUAUGGACACAGAAGGCAUCUACGUAUCGGGGAAUAUGACCGUCAAACUUAACUUUCUGCCCUCCGAUCGCAUUUCCGCUAGGUUCAGCGUGAUGCACUAUGAACGUGGUAGUUGGCAACCCACAAUGUUCAACUUUCACUCCCCCAACUUUUGCGACGUGAUGUUUGACGAAGAUCAAUACUGGUUCAAGUAUUGGUUUAAAAAUAUUCGAAACCGAGAGGAGAUCCGUGAAAAAUGCUUGAAAGUGAAAGAUACCGUGCUGGUGUAUGAUGAGUUCUUGAUGGUCCUGCACCUAGAAAAUGUCAAUACCUCAAACUUACAGGGGCGCUACAAGGCUGUGAUUACUCUGGAGGCUUUCGAUGAACACGAUGUGCGACGACCAUCAUCCUUCUGUGUUGAAAUAAGAGGCGACCUUGAGAGGGUUGCCUAGUUACACAAUUUUGUAUAACCUUAAACAUAUUUGUUAUCUGAUUUUCCAAUCAUAUUACCAUUUAAUAAUCAUACACUUAUGCGGCAGAAAAGCACGACAUUUUUGUUUUAAUAUAUAUCUUUUUAGUUGCUAAAGUGUAACAAAUAACAUGUAACACAAGAAAAGAAUUAAAG